AUGACCGCGCCUUCAGACCCCAAUGCCCUUUCGGGCGUCGGCAUCGACGUCUCGGGCCUGAGCUACGCCUUCCCGGACGGCAGCAGCGGGCUGCACAAUGUGGCGCUGUCGCUGCCGGCGGGGAGCAGGACGCUGCUGAUCGGGGCCAACGGCGCGGGCAAAACCACGCUCCUCCGCCUGCUCUCCGGCAAGCGCAUGGCCCCGCGCAACACGGUCUCGAUUGGCGGCGUCGACCCCUUCCUCACCUCCCUCGAAGGCGUCACCUACCUCGGCCUCGAAUGGGUGCUGAACCCCAUCGUGCGCACCGACAUGGACGUGCCGACGCUGCUGGCCUCGGUCGGCGGCGACGCCUACCCCGCGCGCCGCGACGCCCUCAUCCGCAUCCUCGACAUCGACCUGCGCUGGCGCCUGCACGCCGUCAGCGACGGCGAGCGCCGCCGCGUCCAGCUCGCCAUGGGGCUGCUGCGGCCCUGGCGCGUGCUGCUGCUCGACGAAAUCACCGUGGACCUGGACCUGCUGAGCCGGGCGAACUUCCUGGCGUUCCUGAAGCGCGAGACCGAGGAGCGCGGCGCCACGGUCGUGUACGCGACGCAUAUCCUCGAUAACCUCGCCGAGUGGCCCUCGCACCUCGUGCAUAUGAGCCUCGGCCGCGUCAAGAAGUGGGGGCCCGUCGCUGACUUCACGCGUGAUGCGGCGGCCGUCGCGCCCAGGACGGGGAAUAGCGCUCUCGGCGAGCUGGUGCUGCGCUGGCUGCAGGAGGACUUGGAUGAGCGGGGCCCGCGCAACGCAGAGCAUGCGGUUGCGCCGCCGGCCGAGGUCAAGACGUACGAGUCGCUAGAGGGAAAGGGCGGGUAUGGGCUGGAGAAGACGCCAGAGGGGAAGUAA